ACUUUACAACAAAUAAAUUAACAAAGAAGAUAAACAUAACCAAAUAUAUUUUACAGAUAUGAAAAAUGAAUCAUAAAUCUCCUAUUAAUUACACUUUUUUUAAAAUAAAAAAUCUUUUGGAGUGCUCCUCUAGUGAAAAUAACAGACCGAUUCAAACUAUUGGAAAAAUAACGUUUCCUGAACGAAAUUUACAAUCAGUUAGCGAAUCGCAUAUUAUUAUCGGAUUAGAUUUUGAAAAUUGUCAAGAAUUACCAAGUAAUGAAUUGUUCGUACUAAUUUACGGUCAUAUAAACUCAGUUAAUUCAUCGAGAAAUUAUAUUGAAGUAAACUUUUGGAAAAUACUUGAAUCAGAAACAGAAAGUAAAAAAUAUGAGAAUUUAUUAAGUACUGUACAAGAUAUAAUAAGUAAUAAUUUGCAAAAUAUUUAAUUCGUCCGUGAAUGGAAUAAUAGUUAGAAUAAAUAUUUAUAUAAACACAUGUGCAAACUAACUGUCAAAAUUGUCAUCAUGACCAAUGACAUUUAAAAUUGGACACAAAUUCCAAACAUUCCAAUGAAAAUAACAAAUCUUGUAUAUUUUUGUGUGUAAACGUUCAGUAUUCAAAAAGAACUUGACUCGGUUAGUUCCCUUAUACAUCACAUAAACAAAUUCUCUUAUUAACUGCUUCGAAAUGGUAACUGAUAUAGAGUCAUUACCUGACGAAGUUUUGGAAUUCAUUUUAUCCCUAAUUCCACCCUACAAGGAUUUACACGAUUGUAUGUUAGUUAGUAAAAGAUGGAGAAGAUGUGUUUUGAAUGUGGUUAAACAAAAACAACGUAAUUUAUACAGAGCAAUCAAUGAAUUCGAUGUUAGAUGGGAACGUCUAACGCCUGUAGAUAUGGCCCCGACUAUAUCAAAACGUUACUCGCACACAGCUGUUGUUCAUGACAAUUCUAUGUUUGUAUUUGGAGGUUGUACUUGUGCAAUGACCACUUUCAACGACCUCUGGCGUUUAGAUUUAACUAAACGUCGAUGGAUUCGUCCAUUAGCUACAGGUACAUACCCUUCGCCAAAAGCUUGCAGUUCGAUGAUCCAAUACAAAGAUAAACUCAUUUUAUUCGGCGGUUGGGCGUACCCCCCGUCAUAUCCUCUUUACCAAAGUUGGCAUUUGUUCAACGAACUGCACCUUUAUGAUAUUGUAGCGAAUAGAUGGAACUCUGUAACUGCUAUAAAUACUCCACCGCCCGUUGCCGGUCAUUCAGUGUCUAUAAUUGGUGAUUGGAUGAUUCUUUUUGGGGGUUUACAGAAACCUUGUAACGCCGUACAUUGUGAAAAAUCAAACGAUAUAUGGAAAGUUAAUUUAAAUAAUUGGACGUGGUAUAAACAGGAAGUCGAAAGUGGUCCAAAACCCAAUGGUAGAUUCGGACAAACCCAAGUGAUAAUCAACGAAGAAAAUUUACUUAUAUUAGGCGGUUCCGGUGGUCCUACUUCUCAUCAUUGCGAUGCGUGGAUCUUGAACAUGAGUGGAGACUUGUGGAAAUGGAAGAAAGUGGAAAUUGUAGGAAAAAACCAUCAACCGUCUAAUAUUUGGAGUAAUCCAGGUUGUAAGAUAGGUGAUAAAAUUGUAGUUUUAAACAGGAUAAAGGAAACUGACAAGUCGAAUCAAAUUGCUUAUUAUCCAAAAACUGCUUGGAACGUCGGAGUUGGGUCACUACCAGAAGAUGGUAGAUUAUCCAGGAUAGAUUUGGCUAAUAGAGCAACUGAUAGAGAUGAAAACGUCAACGGGAAAAGGGGAACUUUGAGAAAUCACAAAAGGGAAAUUGAGGACGAAGAUGCCGGAUCAUCGAAUGUAAAAGUCUUCGCUCCACCGAAUAAAUCUAACCUCAACAUGUUAGCGUUCAAUAAUUCAGAUCCUGGUAGGCUUCAAGAAGUCAUAAGAAUGCGAGAAAAACGUUUAGCGAAUUUAUUCAAAGUAGAGGAAAAUUUCACGAAAGGCGCUUACAAAAGAGAAAAAAAGACUCAUUAUUUGGGGGUGUACGUAUUAGAUAUAUCGAAAGUAUUAGAAGAACCCCACACUGCGACGUGGUUACCUCCGAAAAAUUUAAAAAACGGUCCAGAAGAAACGAUCCUUUAUACCUUAGUCGAAGGUAAAUCGGAACUCGUUAUGUUCGGUGGUAUACAGGACGCUAAUUCGAUAGGAUUUUCCAAAAAUUUGAGUAGUCAGAUAUCGAAUAGUUUACAUUUUAUAACGGCGCCUAGUUACGUUAUUUGAGUUUAUACCGAAAGUGUUCGAGAAAAAUUAACCCGGAGGCAGAGUACCAGUGGAAAUUAUUACGUCGGAAAAGUGUCUCGCUAAUAUUUAAUAAAAACGUUAUAAUUUU